UUUGAUUUUUCAAUUUUUAUUUCUUCCUUUUUGUCUCUCAUUCUGUAAUUUUGAGUUGGAUUCUUUCUGUUUCUGAAUUUGGUUUUAACUACAUCCGGUCAGUGGUAAAAUUGCGUUUUUUUUUUCUGGUUUGUUUUUCUCUUUGAUGAUUUUCUAUAUUAUUUUACACUUUGAUCGUCUAGUUUCCUAUUUUCUGGGAUUAGAUUAAUGAUUUUUGAGUUCGAUUUGGAAUAGAAUUCCUGAAGUUUCAAUUUUGGGUUAGCUGUUGUUGAUUUAUGGUCUUGAGUUUGAUUCUUCUUCAAUUUUGAAUUUAUUGGACGAAACUGAGGUUGAAGGGGUAGGAUGAUGAUGACUUUCGGAAUUUUUUGGAACAAUAGAAUGUGAGAUCGCUCAGUAGCUAUUCGAGUAGAGUAAUUUCAGAUUUUAAAGUCUCUUUCUUUUUAUAUUCUUAACCUCUUGUUGGAAUCUACAUAAGUAGAAAAAAUUAGGGUUUUAAUAUGCAUUGCGAACUUUUCACUUGGGAAUGCUUUCUGUUACCAUUGUUCAUGUUUCUUCAGUAUUUAUGACGCGGUCAAGGUAGUUUUGAGUUUCUUCGUUUGUCUUCUUGUUCCUCUUCUUCCCUCUCUGUUUCAGUUAAUGUCGUUGCAUAGUUCAGUUUAUUUGUUUAUUAACUUUGCUGUUCUCGCAGAGGACUUGAAAACUGGCUGAUUGUUGUACUCUUGGGACUUGAGCUUAUAGAUUCACGCUAUAGAUUCACGCUUUAUGUCUGGUGAUCUACCAUAUUGCUGAUAAGUAAUAGUGGAUCUGUCUCCACCUCCGGUCAGAGGUGCACGUCUUCCAUGAUUUGUGUUGGAUUUACUUUGCAUCGUGGGGGGUUUUCUUCUAUAGGGCUCCAUUAGCUAAUUAUUCGCAAGGGCUUUAAGGGCUGGCUCUGGAGAGUUACUUGGAUUCCAGCCACCAGCCUGGGGUGCCCCCUGUGGCACCGUCCAGGGUGGCUGGGGGCCCAGUGCAGUCAUCCUCGAACUCUGGCAUCUUUUUUCAAGGAGAUGGAAGCCCUCAGGUCCCAUUGAACUCACACCUGAAUUCAUCUUUUGGGAACUCGCCAAAUUCGAUUUCAGGAGGGCGUUCGACUUUGGGCCCCAUUUCUGGUGACAUGAAUCGGACGGUCUUAAACAGCACAGCGAACUCUGGUCCAAGUGUUGGGGCAAGUUCAUUGGUUACAGACGCCAAUUCUGCACUUUCAGGUGGUCCUCAUUUGCAGAGGAGUGCAAGCAUUAACACAGAGUCUUACAUGCGCCUACCGGCAUCACCAAUGUCAUUCUCUUCUAUAGGCAUAUCUGGCUCUUCCGUGAUUGAUGGGUCCUCUAUAGUUCAGCAAAGCUCUCAUCAAGAGCAGGGUUCACAACAAGUACAACAAAGGCAGCCGCAGCAACGGGUUUCCUCUGCUACAUCCCAACCCACCACUCAAAUAGGCCCAGUUUCUGUUCCUACUGGCCCUCAGUUACCCAGCUCCUUAACUCAGGAGCCAAAUAAUUUAUCCCAGAUUCAUAAGAAACCCAGACUUGAUAGCAGGCAAGAGGAUAUUUUGCAGCAACAGGUUUUUCAACAGUUACUGCACAGACCUGAUACAAUGCAGUUACCAGGUCACAAUCCACAAUUACAAGUUAUGAUUCAGCAGCAGAGACUACGGCAACAACAGCAGCAGCAGCAACAAAUUUUGCAGACUCUGCCACAGAUGCAGCGAGCCCACUUGCAACAGCAGCAGCAGCAACAGCUAAGACAGCAUCUUCAACAACAGGGGUUGCAGUCUGUAUCUGCCAUCAAGCGCCCUUAUGAGAAUGGCAUAUGUGCCCGUAAGCUAAUGCAGUACAUAUAUCAUCAUCGUCAUCGCCCACCUGACAAUAGUAUAAUCUAUUGGAGGAAAUUUGUUGCGGAAUAUUUUGCCCCUCGCUCUAAGAAAAGGUGGUGUUUGUCGUUAUAUGAUAAUGUUGGACAUCAUGCACUUGGAGUUUUCCCCCAGGCAGCUAUGGAUGCAUGGCACUGUGACAUCUGUAAUUCUAAAUCAGGAAGGGGCUUUGAGGCAACUUUCGAAGUUCUCCCCCGGCUCAAUAAAAUCAAGUUUGACAGUGGUGUUAUCGAUGAACUUUUGUUUGUGGAUCUGCCACGUGAAUGUAGGUUUCCUUCAGGACUGAUGAUGCUGGAGUAUGGGAAAGCAGUUCAAGAGAGUGUUUAUGAGCAACUUCGUGUAGUUCGUGAAGGUCAACUUCGUAUAAUAUUUACACCUGAGCUGAAAAUAUUGUCCUGGGAAUUCUGUGCACGGCGUCAUGAGGAACUUUUGCCUCGUAGGCUGGUAACACCACAGGUGAACCAGUUGCUACAGGUUGCACAGAAAUAUCAAAAUAGUGUUGCUGAAAGUGGAUCUGCUGGUCUGUCAGCUCAGGAUCUGCAGACUAACUGCAAUAUGUUCCUGACAGCUGGGCGCCAGCUAGCAAGGAAUCUAGAGUUACAGUCACUGAAUGACUUGGGAUUUUCGAAAAGAUAUGUUCGGUGCUUGCAGAUAGCUGAAGUUGUAAAUAGUAUGAAAGACUUGAUAGAUUUCAGCCGGGAGCAAAAUAUUGGACCUAUUGAGAGCUUGAAGAGCUAUCCUCGACAGGCUGCUACAGCCAAGUUGCAGAUGCAAAAGCUGCAGGAAAUGGAACAGGUAGCAAGUGCUCAAGGGCUGCCCACUGACCGUAACACACUCAAUAAGCUAAUGGUAAUGAAUCCUAGUUUGUUGAGCAAUCACACAAACAGUAACCACAUGGUUGGCAGCGGUGGAGUCUUGAAUGGUUCAGCUCAGGCUGCUGUUGCUAUGAGCAAUUACCCAAACUUGCUUAGACAGAACUCUUUGAAUUCAAACUCUAACAUGCUUCAACAGGAAGCUCUGUGUUCCUUCAAUGGUUCUAACCAGGCACCAUCUUCUGCAUUCCAAGGCCUUGGUUUGCCACCAGUAUCCAUGCAGAAUGUUCCAGUUAAUGGCUUGGGAAAUCCUCAUCAGCAGCAACAGCAGUCACUAAAUGCUAAUAGUAACCAAAUCAUCCAACAGAACCAUCCUCAGUCCUCCCAAGGCAACCAGCACAUGAUCCAGCAGAUGUUGCAGGAUAUGAUGAGUAAUAAUGGAGGUGGGGUACAACAACAGCAGCAGCCACCAUCACAGCAGCAUCAACAGCAACCACAGAAGGCCCAUGGUGGGCAGAAUGCAAAUGGAAAUGUGGGGGAGGAUGUCUUCAAUAGCGUCAAUGGGGCUGCUGCUGCUGCAAGUGGUGGUGGUGGUAGUGGCUUGCAAAUUCGGCCUGCGGGUGGCACAGGCAUGGUCACUAGUGCAUUAGUGGGGUUUGGGAACAAUUCUGUGACUCCUGCUGCUGCUGCCGCCAAUGCAUCAUCUACUGGUGGUAUGGGGAUGGCUCCAAAAAGGAGCAACAGUUUCAAGGCUGCCUCCUCCAACAGCAACUGUAGUGGAGUUAGUGGAAACAAUAGCUUUAAUCAGAGAGCACCACCACCUGAUUUGCCACAAAAUCUACAUCUAUCAGAAAUGGUUCAAGAUAUCUCUCAAGAGUUCACGGAAAAUGGGAUUUUUAACAGUGACCCUGGGGACAUGAGCUAUGGCUGGAAGGCGUGAGCGUGACUGACCAAGUGAUCUGAUAUCCUAUUUACUGGCCGUAGUGACAACACUGUUGAGGCGGCAACUAUCCUAGCAAGUAGCUUUGUACAGAAGCUUGAAUGUCAUGCUUUUUUUUUUUUUUUUUUGUGUCAACCACGAAUUGCUGGUUUUAGCGGUCUGUCUAGUUUGCUAGGGUUGGCAGUUUUGCGGGUUUGCCAUUUCUGGGAAGUGUAAUCUAUUCCUUUCACCUCUGAAAAAACUCUCAUGAAAUACGUAAUAGCGAAUACCUCUCUCUCUCUC